AUGCCUCCUUCAAAUGAAUCAACCUCGUCUACGAGGCCGAAGCAGAAUGAGAGAAAAGAUGGCUCGACUACUCAGAAAGAUACCACAUACAAUCAAUCCAAUUUCACUCGACAGACAAAUGCCGUGAAGGAUUUAUUCAGUAUACCUAGACCGGUUAAGAAAUUGUUUGAUAAAGUUCCUGUUGUUACAUAUCCAGCAAACGAACUACCACAAAGGAGUCCUGGGGCAAAGGGUAGAAGAAGUGAUAGAGAUGCUAGAUUGCCCAGUUUAUAUAUCUUCUGUAGAGAGGGCGACGAAGAGAAUGGAGGCAGACCAAGUUUUAAUCCAGGAUGUUUGAAAUGGCAGACGUUCUUAAAUCUCGCAGGAGUUAAUCAUAACAUUGUCUCUUCAAAUAAUCAUGCUUCACCUACUGGUGUCCUACCUUUCCUCUUACCAGGCAUCAAAUCGGAUUCCUCACAAGAUGACUACCUUCCGAUACCAAGCAAUGGACUGGUGAAAUAUGCAAAGGAACAAGGGAAAAAAGUCUCUGAACCGAAGAGUAGAAAAUUGGAAGCUUAUCAAGCUUUAAUAGAUCAUAAUAUACGAAAUGCUUGGCUACACACUCUUUAUCUAACCCCCUCGAAUUUCCACGCAAUAGCCGCUCCUCUCUACAUAAACCCGGCCUCCUCCUCUCUUCCAGUCCGCCUCUAUACAGCCCAUCAACUGCGCUCCGCAGCCGAAUCGGAGUUGCGCAAGAGCGCGGAGAUUAUCAACGAGGAUAUGAUUUAUAGGGAGGCGGACAGAGCAUGGGAAGCACUCAGUUUGUUACUUGGGGAUGAGAAAUGGUUUGCUGGGGAUGCGCCGGGCCUUUUUGAUGCGAGCGUUUUCGCUUAUACGUGGUUAUUGGGUGAUGAGGGGUUGGGGUGGGGAAAGGGUGAUAAGAGGUUGGCGGAGGGAGUGGGCAGGUGGAGAAAUCUUGAGAGGCAUAGAGACAGGGUAUUUAGGAGGUGCUGGGGGGAGGGAGAUGGUGUACUGGUAUGA